AUGUAACAGUAACUUUUAAAUAGACCAGGAAGACACAGCUGUGCAUUGCACUAGUUCAACCACAACCACAUACUGACCCAAAUCUGUAUCAAUAGGUUGUGUUUCCAUGACGACAUCACAGCAUUGAGCGGUUAUAUAGAGGUCUACUGAGUGGCUCAGUUCUCUUAUCUUACAGAAGACCUCAGCAACAAACUUCAGAGUGAAAUAAUCUGCUGUUCUAGAACUUUGUAAAGACUGAAGUUGUCAUAGCUCCUCUAGAAGUUCAACAUCUCUGCUGUUCUGGAAUGUCUUUGAGUCACAUCCUUGUUCCUCCAGGAAGGGCAGGUGUAGAGAAAUGCACCCAGGGACCCAGGAUGUCGAUGGGCAUGGAGAUUGUGGGAAUGGUCCUGGGAGUCAUAGGAUUAAUCACCACCAUUGUAGUGUGUGCACUCCCCACCUGGAUGGAGACUGCCUUCAUAGCAGCUAACCUUGUCACCACGGUGGAGGUCUGGGACGGCCUGUGGAUGAGCUGUGUGAAAAGGACCACCAGCCAGAUUCAGUGUGAGGUCUACGACUCCAUGCCAAGCUCCGCAUGGAGCUCCAACCUGCAGGCCACCAGAGCCAUGACCAUCAUGGCUAUUAUCCUGGGGUUUCUGGGAGUCAUGGUCUCCAUGGUCGGGCACAAGACCACCAACUACAUUAAGGGCAAGAUAUCCAAGUUGAUCAUUAUAACAGGAAUAUUCUUCAUCCUGGCCGGAAUUCUCAUCCUCAUUCCUGUCUCCUGGAAGGCCGGGGCAAUCCUCAGCGGCUCCUCCAAUGAGUUGACCGGAGAGAAGAGGAAACUGGGGGGAGCGCUCUACUUCGGCUGGGGGGCUGCAGCCUUUCUCCUGAUUGGAGGGGCCAUACUUAGCAGAACUCUGUAUACAAGUGGAACAGAGGUCGCGGCCAUCACCACGGGGGUCAUAGGAUGGAUAAUCUCCAUGGUGACCUGGGCAUGUGCUUUAGGAAUGUUAGACCUUCUGCAAUACAGAAGGAAACUGAUUUUAUCCUUCUCCUCCUUCUCCAUUAUGCUCGGGCUGAUAUUAUUUUUAGCCUUGAUAUUCUUCCUCUACAGAUCAAAGUGCACUAACUGCAUCAAGAGGAAUCCGUCUAAAGCUGAAGUGAUUAACUUUGUCGGACUAUUGUUCAUCAUGGCUGGUUUAACCCAGCAGAUCUUUACCUCCAUUGUUGCCUUCGACUUGACACAAAACUUGGACCCUGACAACUUCCUGCAGAGUAACGGCCUUAUGUUUUCAGCUGAACCCAUUAGGUGGGCUGCUUCAAUGCUUCUAAUAGGAGGGACUAUACUCUGCUGCUGCUUUAAAAAAGAAAAGCCUGAGUUGAUCAUUGACUCUAUUGACCUAAACCGUAUCUUACAUGUUUGUGAAUCUGAGAGCAGCAAAUAGUUGUAAGCAAUUAGAUGAUUGGUGAUGGAUAUGCUUCAUGGUCUGUACCCACACUGGACCCUGCAGGGUAAGAUUGCCCACCACUUGUCUUGACUCGGCGAUGCAUGAA